UUCGCGUUGGCUUUGGCGUUGGCGUUGGUUUGACAGAACGCACGUUAAAAGUAUGCUUGCUACAAUGAACGCUUUGACAUCUAUUGUUUUCAUUGUCAUCACCAAAGCGAAAAUUUUGCAGUGAAAAUAUAAUUUAAAGUGUGUUUGUUUUUUAAAGCUAUCGCAAUUAAAAUGUUGUCUAAAGAAGCGGCUGAAGUCAUUUUAAUUGCACUAAUGAUGUACGAGACUCGCGAAUGUUUGCGAAAAAUAAAUUCCCGCCGGGAGUCUUGGGUGAGACCACUUUACUUAAGUCGGGAUAUCAAUGGACUAUUUGCAUCAAGUUUUGAAGAAAUGUAUAAUAAUGACACUGAGCAGUUCAAAAAAACGGUUAGAAUGAGCAGAACGAUGUUUGACCAUCUCCUCGGACUUGUAGGAGAGCGUCUUACUAAGCAUUCCAAUAGGCCAUCAAUACCUGCCGCAUUAAGACUCUUUUUAACUUUGAAUUAUUUAGCACAUGGAGGUAGUCAGCACAUGCUCGCCAUAUCAUAUAAAAUGGGACGCUCCACGGCAAAUAAAAUCGUUUUGGAAACAUGUGAGGUUCUUUGGGAUGAACUGGGUGGCAUAUACUUGUCUAUACCAAACCGACAUGAAUGGAAACGUAUUGCAAACGAUUUCAAUUCGAUUUGGAACUUUCCCAAUUGUGUAGGUGCUAUUGACGGAAAGCACAUAAUAUUAAAGUGCCCUCCUAGCUCGGGAUCCUUAUUUUACAACUACAAGGGAACAUACUCCAUCGUACUUUUGGCAUGUUGCGAUGCUAAUUACACGUUUACCUGCAUCGAUAUUGGUGCAUAUGGCUCUCAAAGUGAUGGUGGUGUAUUGUGCAAUUCCAGCUUUGGGAGAAGACUUUUCAACAACCAAUUAGACCUUCCCGAGGAUGAUAUUCUGCUACACUCUACCCUUAGAUUUCCUCAUUUUUUUGUUGGAGAUGCAGCAUUUCCCUUAAAAAGCUAUAUUAUGCGACCAUAUCCAGGAAUACGUUUGUCGCCUGACCGCGAACUUUUCAAUAAGCGUCUUUCAAGAGCUCGGCGCGUUAUAGAAAACGCGUUUGGAAUUAUGACAGCUCGCUGGAGAAUUCUUCUGUCCCCAUUGCAAAUGCAUCCAACGAGUGCCGAGAGCGUUGUCAAAGCAACAGUGCUAUUACAUAACUUUUUAAAAAUGCACGAUGGCACUUAUUGCCCACCAGAAUUUGUCGACCAAUACCAAGGAGACAAUAUUGUCGGUGGUUUAUGGCGACAGGAAAUUACAACGCCCCUUCGAGGAACUGGUCGAUUAAUGGCGAACAAUGCCGCCAGAAGUGCUUUCAAUUUGAGGGAUCAGUUAAAAGACUACAUAACCGCGCACCCUAUUAAUUAAAUAAUAAUAUUCUCUUUCAUCAAUUUGUUCUUAAACUAUACUUUUAGAUGUACCUAUUUUUUCAUAAAUUCAUUCUUUAUUAAUUAGUAUUGGUUGCUAUCCCAGAAUCCAUCGUAGUCUGAUUUUUCGUGAAAUCUACGAAAAUGCGAUCACUGGAUCCGAAUUAAAGCGAAGGAGUGAAUUAAAAGUAUAUGCUACGUUCGUAGCUAAUCGAAUUCAAGGAUAGCAUUUUCGUAGAUUCCACGAAAAAUCGGACUACGAUGGAUUCUGUGAUAGCCAUGAUUAGCACAUCAGUUUUGUUUUGCUUUUUAAGCACAUACAAAAACGAUACAACAAGAUACAGCCCGCGACAAAACGGUAGCACAUCAAAAUUUUGAUCAGUUUUGACUAUAUAUCUUUUCUUUCUUCAUUAUUUUUCUAUAAAAUUAUAGCUCAUUAGCUAACAAAAAUCUUAAAAAUCCAAAUUUCACAAACU